AUGAGUAUCCGACACGCUGCCUGCGAGCCCUGCCGACGGGCAAAGCUGGCCUGCGGCCAUGAGAGGCCCACUUGCACCCGAUGCCGUACCCGCGAUCAGAUAGAUCUUUGUGUGUACCGGGACCGGCCAUUCAGGAGAAGAAUACAUAGUGACCGCAUGAGAAAGCAAAGCAUUGGAGGGUCCAUAUGUGUAGAUGCUCUGACCACUCCACCCUUGGAGACGUCCCCAAUUUCAGACGUGUUGGGUGCUUCUUCGUCCCAGCCACGGCGAUAUCCAAACCCGGGCUUUCUCGGGGUGCCUAGCCAUGCAACCAUUUUCAACCACGUGUCUUCCCGUGCUCCCACUGGGAUGGUCGCUGCUCAGCAGGAGGAAGCAGUACAAUCACCCAUGUCCAGCUCUCCAUCAGACGCCUUUCUCCUUGAUCAGACAACGCUUGAUAAAGCAAACCAUGCCUUGAGUCUGUUAGAUCAACUGCAAGUCUCCGCGUUGGCGUCUCUAGUGCGCUUUUGGCUCAAAAAAGGGGUGAACCUAGCCCUUGCAGAGCCAUUCGUUGAGACGUGCAUCGAUGCUGCGGUCGACUGGAGAGAACUGUCGACUCCUCCUGUGGGGAUCGAUGCUGGAGAUGCUAAUGCAACCACUCAAAGAGCGAGGGUCUUAUUAGAAAACACGCACAGGCCGCUCACUUUUAAUAAGCAUUCCACCCCGUCCGAGUAUCUGCAACAGAUGUCCGGGAAGAAUCUUCGAUGGGAAAGCCUCGGAAUAUUCCUAGCAGCUGCAAGCAGAGCUGCGUUGGAUACCUCUUCGUUUGCACCGCUUUACAACAGCGAUGAGCGGCGUCGCGGGCUGAUCAAAGCACUAAUGUACAUUGGAGAUUGCUGCUUGGAGACAUGCCUUGCUUUGGACUGUCUCAAUGACUUACAGCUAGUCUUGCAGUAUGAAAAUCUCAUAGUACACUCGCAAGUUGACGGCGACCAGAGUUACCACUCUUGGCGACGGAUGGGUGAUGUCGCCAGCACAUUGUUUGCACUGGGCUAUCAUGAAAAGAUUGAAGAGGACUCUUCAGAUAUUCCCUUAUUCGUCGCUGAGCUGCGGAGGUCCUGCUUUGCACGCGUCUAUGCAGCAGACAAGAGCUUGGCCGUAUUCCUGGGUCGACCCCCGCGGGUUAUGAAAGAAUUUUGCUAUUUCCAGGUCCCAUUGAAGAUGGCGAGUACUUGGAACGACGCUGAUGAUACAAUCAAAAGGGACAGCAACAGUCCUUUGUCUUACCAGAUAAGAAGUGGCCGAGAACCAAACGACGGUCAGGCUUUGAAUUAUACGUCUGACACCGUUUGUGCUGCCGUCUUUGCACUUCUGAAGGAAGAAGUUCUCCAGCUAUUUCGCAAGCGCCAUGCGUUCUGCGAGACUGACAUCAUCAAUGAUCUUCGCCAGAGGAUUGAUCAGCAAUGGCAGGAUUUGCCUCCGCACUAUCGCCUCACCACCAGCCUUAAAGACUGCCCUCUUGGGCCCUUUUCGAGAGAUUUCUUGGCGGGAGCUCGGCUGGAAUAUCUUCACACACACUUUCUACUCGGGUUCUUGUCGCAGCGCAAGGUAGCCGAGCCUGACGAGGCGCUUCUGAAGAUUGCAAGCGAGAUGCUUUCGAUUGUGGUGGAGACGAUUAUCCUGCGGGAUCGGAUGGCCAAUUCAGGAACGUGUCUAAUUUGGAAGGUUGCUCAGUAUGGAUUGCCAGCCGCAGGCUUCAUCUCCCUUGCGCUUCUCAAUUCGACAACUCCCGACUCGCACCAAUUCUCCCGGUCAAAAAUGAUUCAGGGCCUCAGUGUCCUCGUUGCAGAAAUCACUAUCGGGGCGUGGAUCCAGCCUGGAGAGCCAAACUAUGCUCUCUUCUCGCAGGCGACGAGGACGAUCCAGAGCUUGCUCGACUCGCUGACUGCGGUGAAGGAGCAAACAUCAAAGACUAGCGAUUCGCAGCAGCUGAUCAAUCCAGAUGGCGCUGAUAAUUCUUGGGAUCCGUAUAUCAAUUCCCAGUCUUGGGAACUUGAGAUGGAUUUCUGGGCGAGCUUGGCAGAGCAUCCGACGUUGAUUAAUUGA